AUGGGUGCUACGGAUGCAACGCCAGCCUGCGUAUCAGCAACAUCAGCCUCCGUAUCAGCAACAUCGGCCAAGCUCGUCAGUCCUGCUGCUGGUGACUUGGAACCUCACGCCCCUGCAGCCGCCGAUGCCGUGCUCCCUGCGCAAAUUGAGCCAGCCACAGAGCCCGGCGAAGAAGACGAAUUCGACGUCACCGAGGGCUGGGAGACGAGGUCAGACGGAUCAGCGAGUGCGGAUUCGACUAUCUACGCGCAUACCUACGAACACGGUCGUCGCUACCAGAGUUUUAAGAAUGGCCGGUAUCCAAUACCAAACGACGAUAAUGAGCAAGAUAGGGAGGAUAUGAAACAUGCCAUGAUGCUGGAGCUGAUGGACGGGGAACUAUUCUUUGCCCCUGUGGGAGACAACCCGCAGAAUAUCUUAGACAUUGGCACCGGAACAGGCAUCUGGGCGAUCGAUGCUGGUGACCGUUUCCCGAGCGCCCACGUUCGUGGCAUCGACUUAUCGCCAAUUCAACCCACCUGGGUCCCUCCUAACGUGGAUUUCCUGAUCGACGAUUGUGAGAAGGACUGGCUAGCCACAGACUGUGACUUUGUUCACUUUCGAUUUAUGGUGAUUAUCCUCAAGAAUGUCCAGCAGGUUUUAAAGAACGCCCACGAGAGUCUGAGACCCGGUGGUUGGAUUGAAUUACAAGAGCUCAGCGCCGAGCCUAUGUGUGAUGACGACACAAUGCCCAGCGAUGACCCAGUUAAAAGGAUGUAUAGUCUUGCUGGAGAAGCAUUCGCCAAGUUCGGCAUGAACGUCACCCUUCCCAAGCAUCUCCACGACUCACUCCAGGAAGCUGGGUUCGAAAACAUCAAAUGUAUAGUGAAAAAGGUUCCAAUUGGCGUGUGGGCCAAAGACAAGACCCUGCGAUUGAUAGGGCUGUACCAGAAAAUGGCCGUUUUAGAUCUGAUGCCUGCACUCGCAGGGCGGCCAUUCGAGGCCUUGGGCAUGUCCCAGGCAGAGAGCCAGAUCACUCUGGCAUUUGCCCGAAAGGCACUCGAGGACACAAAGGUCCAUCGAUACUUCCACUAUUACUUUUGGUAUGCCCAAAAGCCUACAUAG